UCAUUAAAUUUAAAAAAAAAAAAUAAAAUUCGGAGAGUAGUGUUUCUCAAACAAAAGUCUGUACAUUCCUUCGAUUCCCACGCUCUCAUUCUUGUUACUAAGCAGCCCCAGGAGGACACUGAUUUCUCCGAUUCAGAUCUCGUUGUUAUUGGAGAUCCGACCCGGACAAUGAGUCGCUACGAUUCCAAUCCCUUCGACGAAGAAGAGGUCAAUCCGUUCGCGGAUUCGGCGGCUCGGGGGAAGCGAUCAGGGCAAUCAAACCAUGGCGGAGGUUCAUUUUAUAUAACAAAUCCUGGAAGUGUUCCUCCCGCAACCUCAGGGCUUUCACCCCUGCCUCCUGAACCUUAUGACCGUGGUGCUACAAUUGAUAUUCCUCUUGAUAAUGCAAAGGAUUUGAAAUCAAAGGAGAAGGAGCUCCAGUCUAAAGAAGCCGAGUUGAAAAAGAGAGAACAGGAACUAAAGCGGAGGGAAGAUGCUAUAGCAAGAGCGGGAAUUGUUAUAGAGGAGAAAAAUUGGCCCCCAUUUUUUCCUCUUAUCCAUCAUGACAUUGCAAAUGAAAUACCUAUCCAUCUACAAAGAACUCAGUAUGUUGCUUUCACAACAUAUUUGGGUUUGGUUGUGUGUCUCUUGUGGAAUAUUGUGGCAGUUACGACCGCUUGGAUAAAAGGGGAAGGUCCAACAAUUUGGUUUCUUGCUAUCAUCUACUUCAUAUCAGGGGUUCCUGGAGCAUAUGUGUUAUGGUAUCGGCCUCUUUAUCGUGCUAUGAGGACCGAUAGUGCUCUGAAGUUUGGUUGGUUUUUUCUGUCUUACGUGGUACACAUUGCGUUUUGCAUCUUUGCUGCAGUUGCUCCUCCCAUUAUUUUCAAAGGGAAAUCCCUCACAGGUAUUUUGCCUGCAAUUGACGUGUUAAGCGGGCAUGCUUUGGUGGGGAUAUUCUACUUUAUUGGAUUUGCAUUUUUUUGCCUUGAAUCAUUGCUCAGUAUCUGGGUUAUUCAGCAAGUUUACAUGUAUUUCCGAGGCAGUGGCAAGGCUGCUGAGAUGAAGAGGGAUGCAGCAAGAGGGACCAUGAUGGCAGCACUAUGACCUUGAACAUAUUGAACCGAGAUGUUAUUUGCGAUUUGAUCUCGCCUGACUUGCCCAAAGAGUUCGAUAUCUUAAAUCGUUCGUUCCUCGCCGGUUCUUGGCUUGCUUUGCAGUCACACCUCUUGAUGUAUUUCCUUCUGUAUUUAUGUUUUGCUAAUUCAAUGAAUGUAGAUUAGCUGAAACACAUUGUUACUGUUGUAUUUUGGGUUCUACCGGUCCGGUACUAUAUACUUGUUGAGAAAUUGAGUCAUUAGAUUGUAUUAAUAGUAGCAGCAUGUUAUCCCACCAAAGUCAUUGACGGACUUCAAAGGAAUCAGAUGUCGAGUUGCCCACAUCAACAUUAAUUUACAUGAUCAAGUCGUGCCUCA